AUGCCUAAGUUUUAUUGUGACUACUAUGAUACGUAUCUUACCCAUGAUUCUCGAUCUGUGAGAAAGACGCACGGCAGCGGUCGGAAGCACAAGGAGAACGUGAAAGACUACUACCAGAAAUGGAUGGAAGAGCAGGCCCAGAGCCUGAUUGACAAAACAACGGCUGCAUUUCAACAAGGAAAGAUACCUUCAGCUCCAUUCUCUGCUCCUCCUCCUGCAGGGGCCAUGAUCCCACCUCCUCCCAGUCUCCCGGGUCCUCCUCGCCCUGGCAUGAUGCCUGCACCCUACAUGGGAGGCCCUCCCAUGAUGCCGAUGAUGGGUCCACCUCCUCCUGGGAUGAUGCCCGUGGGACCUGCUCCUGGAAUGAGGCCUCCCAUGGGUGGCCACAUGCCCAUGAUGCCCGGGGCUCCAAUGAUGAGACCCCCUGCUCGCCCUAUGAUGGUGCCCACCCGGCCUGGCAUGACUCAGCCAGACAGAGAAGAGCGGAAAGGCUCUUUUUCGGUUUUGUAUUUCUUGUUCUGUUUCAGCAGUUGA